AUGACAGGGGUCGAGGUGCAGGAGCUUAGGGCAGAGGAGAGGGCCGAAUGCUGGGCCUUGACAGCGUACCAGUACAUGUACCUGCAUGUAAACGGUCGCAGCAUCAGCCUGCUCGAAGUUGGGGGUAUUGGCCAGGAAAUUGAUAGGUUGCGAAACGACGAGAGGCGUCGCAGAAGGCGAAAAGCCGUUGGUUGGGUCGGGCUGGGUUGGGGUUGGAGUUUCAGAGCGACCUCGACCUUCUAUCUCGAUAUCUUGGCGAUGAGAUGGGCCGACUUGGGAAUUAUAAAAGGGCAGAACCGCUGCAGCAAGCAAGGAGCUCCUGACUUGGAGGACCUGACAACGGGCAGAGGUGGUAAACCGCGGUGGGUAAGUUGUGGCUGGCUGGCUCGCUGGAAGUCCCGGGUGUUGGUGCUUGUCUUUCUGUGCUUUGGCCCUAGAACGUUUCUAGAGUAG